CGGGCGGAGACGCGGCCUAGGUACGGCGCCCGCGGAAGGCCGCGACUCCUCUUGUGGCGAAGCGGCCAGCGGCAGCCCGGAUGGGGACGGAGCAGCGCGGAGGGGCCGCGGCCUCGGAGCCCCCCCGGGACGCGCCGCCGCCCCCGCCGCUCUUCACACUGGCCGAGGUGGCGCAGCGCAACACCGCCCGGGAGGCCUGGCUGGUCAUCCGGGGGCGCGUCUACGACGUCACGCGCUUCGUGAGCGAGCAUCCUGGUGGAGAGGAGGUUCUGCUUGAACAAGCUGGUCGAGAUGCCACGGAGCCCUUUGAAGAUGUUGGCCACUCAGCGGAUGCCUGGGAGAUGCUCGAUCAGUACCUCAUUGGAGAGCUCCAUCCGUGUGACCACAAGCCUGACAGCUCUGAGGUUCCAGGCAAACCAACAUCAAAUGAGCCCAGUGCUUGGACCGUCUGGCUGAUCCCCAUCCUGGGCGCCCUGGUCUUAGGCUUGAUGUAUCGCUAUUACGUGGUGGAGGGGAGAUCCUCCUGAUGUUAUCUUGCUCCCCCUUCCAAACUGGGAAGCAUGCCAUUGCAAGCGGGGUCCUGGUGACCGUCCAUCUGCCCUCCGGAUCUCAUCCUUCACUGGUCAGCCUAGCCGUCCUGGUGCCUGCAAAGCCAAGCUGGAAUCUGGGGACCCGCCAUAAUAGUGACCCAUUUGUGCGACUAGAAGAGGAUGGCAUCUCGUCAGCAUUCCUGUCUAGGAUGAGACCAGCAGGAGCUCAGCUGCGUAAGGUCACUAGAGCAGCAGCACGCUGCUUGCACCCGCACGUGUUCCUGGAGUCUCUUUGUUUUUGAAACAGUUAAACAGUCCACAUUUUUCUGGUUUUCGUAAUCCCAUUUGCCUUUUCAAUGUCCUGCCUGUUCUGUAAUAAAAAGACGCCCAGGUUACUCUGCA